CUUUCAGUUUCCCUCGUCUUCCAGGAAACAAGGGGGGAAGAGAGAGAGAGAGCGGGAGGAGGAGGAGGAGGAGGAGGGCGGCCCUGAGGGGAAGAAGGAAGGAAGGGAGGAGGAGGAGGAGCAGGAAGAGGAGGAGGAAGGGAAGCCGGAGACCGAGAGGGAGAGAGGAAGGAAGAGGAAGAGGAAGAGGGGGAGAGGGGCCCCUUCGUCGUCGUCGCCGCCGUCGCCUCGGAAGGAGCCAUGCCCAGAGGGGCCCUCCUUUCGGGAAACCCCGCCGCCAAGGAUUAGAAGCCUCAACUGGGAGGAAGGAGGAAGGAGGAAGGAGGGAAGGAAGGGGAAAGACAAGGCGCCGAGGACUUCCUGCUCCCGUAGUUCCUCCUCCUUCGCCCAGAGAGAUGUCGGAGGGUCCUCCAGUCCAGUGCUGUAUCAAGGAAAGAAUUUCAUAUACCCCUCCAGUGAGUCCAGAACCAAGUUAUACUUCAUCGCCCCCACUACAUGUUCCCGUGUCUCGAACAGCCAGAAUGGAGGACGAUGUCAUCAGACUCCCAGCUCAUCUGCGCUUACAGCCCAUUUACUGGAGCAGGGAUGAUGUGACCCAGUGGCUGAAGUGGGCUGAAAAAGAGUUCUCAUUGAGAACCAUUGACAGCAACACUUUUGAGAUGAACGGCAAAGCACUCUUGCUUCUUACCAAAGAGGAUUUUCGAUAUAGGUCUCCACAUUCAGGUGAUGUGUUGUAUGAGCUUCUUCAGCAUAUAUUGAAGCAAAGGAAUUCUCAUAUGCUAUUUUCACCUUUCUUCCACCCUGGGAACUCUAUCCAUCAGUCCGAUGUGAUAUUACAUCAAAACCAUGAUGAAGACAACUUUGUCCAGAGACCUUCAAGACAAUCAAUGGAUGCCAUCCAUCACAAUCCACCUACCAUUGAACUCUUGCAUCGUUCUAGAUCACCCAUCAGUGCCAACCACAGGGCUUCACCAGAGCCUGAGCAGCGGUCAUUGAAAUCACCAUUGGAGAACACUAUUCGUCGUCUCUCACCAGCUGAUAGGCUCUCGGGGACGAGACACCACCAAGAGAACAAUCACCAAGAGUCAUACCCUCUCUCGGUGUCUCCUAUUGAGAAUAACCACUGCCCAACCCCUUCUGAAGUGCUUCAGAAACCUUCCAGUCCCCGCCAAGAAAACACCAGGGUGAUUCAAUUGAUGCCCAGUCCCAUCAUGCACCCUUUGAUAUUGAACCCCAGGCACUCUGUCGAUUUCAAAGCCUCAAGGUUAUCUGAAGAUGGGCUGCACAGAGAAGUGAAGCCCAUCAACUUGUCCCACCGUGAAGAGUUAGCAUACAUGAACCACAUCAUGGUCUCUGUUUCCUCCCCAGAAGAACAUGCAAUGCCAAUUGGAAGGAUAGCAGACUGCAGACUCCUUUGGGAUUAUGUCUAUCAGCUGCUGUCAGACCCUCGGUACGAAAACUUCAUCCGAUGGGAGGACAGGGAAUCCAAAAUAUUUCGUAUAGUGGAUCCUAAUGGGUUGGCCCGGCUGUGGGGGAACCACAAGAACAGAACAAAUAUGACAUAUGAGAAAAUGUCUAGAGCCCUGCGCCACUACUAUAAACUAAAUAUUAUCAGAAAGGAACCCGGACAAAGGCUUUUGUUCAGGUUUAUGAAGACCCCAGAUGAGAUUAUGAGUGGCCGCACUGACCGGCUAGAGCAUCUUGAAUCUCAGGAACUGGAUGAGCAAAUAUACCAGGAAGAUGAGUGCUGAAGAACAGUUCUGCUUCACUUUGGUCUGCGGAAGAGCAGAUUGUAUGGAGGCACAUUCAGAUGGGAAAAUGAGACCAGGAGGACAUGGCAUUUACCUUGGACACCAUGCAGAACCCCAGGGCACCUUAGCAGAACAAAGCCAUUGGCUAGGGUGAUGUUGGCAGUAGGAUUUGGAAGAGAAAGAGAGAAAGGAACACAGCACUACUAUAUUGUUUGUUUGUAGAGUCCCCCUCAUCCUGGGGUGUUUUUUGUUUUUGUUUGGGAUUUCCCCCUUCUAAUUAACAUACCAUUUGGCCUUUUUAAAUGACUGUUAUAGAGCAAAACAUUCAGGUUUUGCUUAUCCUGAAGGCUUUCCUAUGGAAAUGUAGCACAACUGUUUUCUUGCAGAAUAUCACAAUAUGAUCCCAGCAUAGGAACAAACAGUGAUAAAUGUCACAGGGGGUGUGAUGGUCACAAAAUGUCUCCAGUUCCCUGAAUUGCUUGUAUUCAUUCUUUUCACAAAGAUAAUAGAUCUUGGACUGCAGUAUGUAGUUAAGGAUCUAAAGAAAUGGAGAAAAGUCUUUCUGAUUGUAGGCCUGAGAAUUCUGAUUGGCUGAUAUUGAGACGUCAGAGGGUCAGCUAAUUCCCAGAAUGCAAGGACUUCAUCCAAGCACCUCAGUCCUGCUGGAAUGAGAAAUAAAUAGGAGAAACGCUAGUAAAAUGGAGCAGACUUCUCCCCGCUUUUUCAGCUCAAGCAAGAUUUAAAUGUAAACCACACUGAUGGGAUGGGAUCUUUGCUUGACUAGAUUUGCUGAGCCAACAUCAAUAGUAUUUUCAGUUGCAAGUAGGAGGGGUGUGUGUGUGUGCUGCAUCUGCAUGCACACACAUACCAGUCAGCUGUCACUAGACGCUGGAUGUUAAUCAAAAAACAAAAAGAGGGUUUUAGGGCCUUCAAAAUGGCAACUUAGCCUCUGUGGAAGCUUCUUGUGGAAGAGGCCACAUAUAUCUGGGAAGCUGUCAGUGUGACCAUAUGUGCUAGAAAAUUGACAGUUUAAUUUCUGGGCAGAUCUUCACAUUUCUUGUUUUGUUUGUUUGCUUGUCAUUUCACUCUGCUCCAUCUAAGUGCAGCCUUGGAGUUUUCUGGUCAUCCUACCCAUUUCCCAUGUGUAUUUUAAUUAAAAGAACUAGCAUUCCUGGCCUACCAGAUUAAAAUAAAGUUUCUUUGCAGCCUUAAGGACAAGAGAAGCUUUGCACAUGCAUUUUGUUUGUAGGAAGCCUUAGCCAUUGCAGCCUCAAUAAGUUCUGAAGGUUGUUAAAAUAUUCUGAAGACUGUAGUUCUAUACCACAAAAUAUCAUACUCCUUGUAGCCUUCACAUGUUCUGUGUACUUAUGACGGCUCAGUGUUAUCUGUGUUAACAGCAUCUAUACUUUAUUGACAGGGCUUUCUGUAUCUUACACCAAAAUAUCAGACUUUUGUGCCACAAUAAGUAAAGCCACAUUAGGAAAGAUAAAACUAUAUUGCUUGGAUCUGACAUACAAAUUGAGUAUAUUUUCAUCUGUUUUCUUAAUUUGCAUAGUAUCUUCUGUUUUUAUGGGGGAGCACAGUUCCUGAAUUUUUAUCAUACUUUUUUAAGCAUUUAAGCCUGAGACUCUGAAGAUGUUGAAGCUAAUACUGUUUUACAUCUAAGCCUGCUUGAGAAUAUUAUGUAAUAUACUUAGGCCAGGCCAUUGAUUGGAAAUUUAUGUCAAUAAAAGUUACUUAUUUAUUAAUAGGCUUUCACAAGAAAAUUGGAAAGAGUCCUGCUCCUGGGAUUUUUUACCUUGAAAAUAUUUUAUAGUAAUAUGAGAUAUACUACUAGUUAUGAUAAAAAUUCUUUUUAUUUAAAAUACAACUUAAAGAAAGAAAAUAAUUCUGCACACAUAUGAAAUCUUUAUUCUGUCAUGCAAGUUAUCACUCUUUGCUUUUCAUUCUUCCCCACAGGUGGAUUCUCCUAUUCCUAUCUUCCUUUUCUCCUAACCACCACCACCCCCCCUCCCGCCCCAAUAUCUACUGAUCUUUAUUUAGCUUGUCUGUUACUUAUAUGUUGGCUAGUUAAGUAGUCCAAGAGACUUGGCACUCAGGAUCAGUUCAAACUAGUUCCAGUAGAAUUACUGCUUCCCAUAUGUCUAGAGAUGAAGCAACAUGACCAAAAUGUUUUAUAGAAACAUUUUAUAUGAGAAUCAAAUUUUACUCAUUGUCAAUGUCACAGCUUUCAGAUUAACUAUAUAGAUACAGUAGGCCAUUGUUAUCCACUGGGAUUUGGUUUCAGAACCCACUCGUCCACUCCCCAGGAUUAUCAAAAUCUGUGGACGCUCAAGAUCCAUUAUAUAUAAUGGCAUAGUAGAAUGAUGUCCCUUAUAUAAAAUGGCAAAAUCAAGGUUUGCUUUUUGGUAUUUUGUGUAUAUUAAUAUUUUCGGUUGAUUGAAUUCCAUGGAUGUAGAAUCAGCAGAUAUGGAGGGCUGACUGCUCUUCCAGUUCAGUUUGUGAAUUAGCAGCUCAUCAUUUGCAAAUUACUGCAUAACUUUCAGUUGACUGACUCUGCCAAGAAAAAAAAAAAGGCUACAAUCUGUUCAGUUGCAUUAAAUGCAAAAUAUCCAUCCCAGAUUACAUAAGGCUGCAGUUCUAAAGGGAUAGAAAUGUAAGAGCACAUUCUCACAAUAUGUGUUUUUAUUCAUGCAAGAAGCCCAGACUGUAAAGGCAAUGAAUGAAUGAACUGUGUGUGUGAUCACCAGCCUGGCCAGAAGCAAUGUUGGUUGUUGGAAAAAGAGAAAUUCAUUUGGUGGGCCUUGGACUGGAUCUACACUGCAGAAAUAAUCCAGUUUGACACUACUUUAAACGCCAUGGCUGGUGCCACAACAAACUACAGUUUCCAGAAUUCCAUAGCAUUGAGCCAUGGCACUUACAGCAGUGUCAAACUGGAUUAUUUCUGCAGUGUGAAUCUAGUCCUAAAGAGAGAGGCUAAACCUGCAACUGUAAUUGUGUUUUUCAUAUUCAUAAAUCAGAUUCAGCUUCUUCUUCUUUUUCAUUUCAAAUAGACACUAUGAUUAAAACCUGGUUGCCAGUGGAAAUGGCAUCUAUUAGUCUAAUUGCUAUCUCUUCUUGUUAUGAUACUUUGUGCUUGCUCACCCUACCAGCAGCAAUCACCAAUGUUAAAAAGGAUUAAUAGGAAGUCUGCUCUUAAACUAUACUGAUUUGGGGGAAUAUCUUGCAGCAGCAAAUCCCUUUAAAGUUGCCCUGUACAAACCGAGCAUUUGGUAAGAAAACCUCAAUUCAUUCAAGGGUUGAGGAUGUGUUUCUUUUCCAUUUCUUUUUAAAUGGUUGCUGCCAUAUACUAACUAAGAAUGAAAAGGUGUUUUUUUAAGGAAAAAUCUUUUUAUUUUCUUAAGUAAAUUAUAGUUUCUUGAUGAUGGCUCUUCCUUUUUUCUUUAAGGUGUGGGGUUAAGGGAUUGAACUGAAUGAAUGUAAACAAAGCAAACAAGAAUGCCUCUUCUCAGGGCCAGUGAGUUGCAAAUAAUUUUUAAAUGCUUGUAAUUACAUCAUCUCAAUAAAUUUUUUUUAAUAUAAAUAGAUGUCAUGUUUUUCCAUUUGCAAGAGCAUGUGCAUGUGCCUUCAAUCCACCUAUCAAGUUACAGUGACCCCAUUAAUUUCUUAGGGUUUUCUUAGGCAAGGAAUACUCAGGAGGUGGUUUUGCCAGUACAUGCAGCAUGUCAAAACUGAAGGUGUCAUCCUCAUGACUUACCUAUUUCUAAUUAUAAGCCCCUUUGGCCCA